AUGGGUCGGUGGAAGCUGCACAACGUUUUGUUUCUCCUGCUUCUUCUCUGCAGAUCAGAUGGAAGUGCAGCACAAAAGGACACAGUUAAUCCUGCUCCAAGGUUCCUUCUGCUGGCUCCAGACCUGCUGAGGACCGACAGCCCGGAGAACAUCUACUUACAAGCUUAUGAUGUGUCCAAACCCAUCACUGUCUCCAUCUCCAUCCAGCACUUCAGCAAGGCCACCAUGCUCCUUCAGGACUCUGUCACUCUCAACCUGGAAAAUGGAUUUCAAGCUCUCAAGACCAUACAGAUUUCCUCUGAUAAUUUGGGUCGUAAUGAAAAAAGGGAAAAGUUUGUGAACCUCAAAGUGAACUUCGGGGGUUUACACUCGGAGGAAAGAACACUGAUGGUGACCUUUCACUCGGGAUACAUCUUCAUCCAGACAGACAAACCCAUUUACAACCCUGGAGAUACCGUUCGAUUCAGAGCCUUUGUGUCCUCUCCGUCCUUUAAGGCCCUUGACAAUUCCAUCACAAUAGACAUCCAGAAUCCAGAUGGCUUGGUUGUCAAGCAGGUCUCCCGAACCAGAGCUUCCAAUGGCCUCUUAGCAGAGAACUUUCCUCUUUCUGAACAUGUCAAUGAAGGAACUUGGAAUGUGACUGCCAAGUUUGACCACUGGCAGCAGAACACAUUCACCUCCCAGUUUAAGGUGAAGAAAUACGUGCUUCCUGCCUUCAAUGUUACCUUGACUCCCAGGAAGUCUUUCUUCAGCCUGGAUGACAGUGAACUAGUCGUAGAUAUUUCUGCCAGGUACCUGUACGGGGAGCCGGUUCAGGGCAAAGCCUACAUUGUGUUUGGAGUGAAUAUCAACAAAGAGAUGAAAAGGUUACCGUCCGUGAAGCAGGUGUCGAAUCUGAACAGAGGACAGGCCAGACUGCGUAUUGAGGAGAUUAGAAGAGAAUACCGCAACAUUACAUCCUUAGUGGGCCAAUCUUUGUAUGUCAAGGCCUCUGUGCUCACCAAGACAGGGAGUGAUCUGGUUGAGGCUGAAAAGACUGGGAUUAAAAUUGUGCAGUCUCCUUAUGUAGUGUUCUUCAAAGACAUGCCAAAGUAUUUCAAGCCGGGCCUGCCCUUUGACUUCACAAUCCAGGUGAAACAUCACGACGGUUCUCCGGCUCGUAAUGUUCCAGUCAAAGUGAAUUUGCUGGACAAACCGUUUCUCGUUGCCUCCGGCACCAAAAGAGCUACCGUCAGCAUGCCCAACCGUCAACACCAACAAACCAUCAUAGUUGAAACCACACAGACUGGACUGAGACCAGAGCAGCAGGCCAGGCAACAGAUCAUCGUUCAGCCUUAUGUCCCCUUUAACCAGCGCAAACAAAACUACCUGUACAUCUCCACAGGAAAAAACACGGUGUCUGUUAGAGAAAGGUUCGCCCUGAGCCUCAGCAUCACCACCGCAGAGAAGAAGCAUAGAGACUUUAUCAAACAUGUGACGUACUUGGUGCUCAAUAAAGGCAAAAUCAUAACUGCUGAGCGUGUGGCUGUAACGGGUCAGCUGGUCACCACCGUGAGUUUGUUGAUAACGCCAGAGAUGCUGCCGUCUUUUCGCUUUGUGGCUUUCUACUCUAUUCCCUGGACAGAAGGAGAGGAGGUGGUGUCUGACUCAGUCUGGAUAGAUGUGGUCGAUUCCUGUGUUGGAGGGCUCAAAGUUGGGCCAGUAGGUGGCACACCCAGAGACUACACACCUGGGAAUAAGUUUCGUUUUCAGAUCAGAGGUGACCCGGGUGCAAGGGUUGGGCUGGUGGCUGUGGACAACGCUGUGUAUCUUCUCAACAAAGACAGACUUACUCAGACGAAGAUUUGGGACAUGGUGGAGCAUGGUGAUAUUGGCUGCACCCGUGGUGGAGGCCAGAACGCCAUAGGAGUGUUCACAGAUGCGGGACUGCUUUUUUCUUCCAGUGCCGGGGUCAAAACCACAAUCAGACAAGCCCUGCGGUGUUCAGGCGGUGCCAGAAAGAGGCGCUCUGCUGAAUUGUUGAAGCGUAAAGCGCAGCUAGAGAGUCACUACAAGGAGAAGCUGAAGCGUCGGUGCUGUAAAGAUGGCCUCAGGGAGAUCCCAAUGCCUUAUUCUUGCACCCGACGCUCCCUCUACAUCACGGAGGGCCGAGAGUGCAUGCAAGCUUUCCGCUACUGCUGCUCCACGUACAGAGACCAUAACAAAGAGAUAUCCACCACCCCACUGCCCAUGACCACAACUUUGGCUCCUUCCAGGACCGACCUUCGAAGACAAGGGCCACAAGGACCACAAGGACCACAAGGACCACAAGGACCUCUUGGCCGAUGUGGAGAGCCUGCACCACCUAAACCUAAACUACAUGAGGAAGAAGAUUUUGAGGAAGAAGAGUGGGAGUACCUGGAUGAGACGGAGGUGUAUUUGCGUUCCAAGUUCUUCGAGUCUUGGCUGUGGAUGGAUGUUGAACUGCCCAUUCAGGCCGAUAGAGACGGGCUGGCAUUGAAGAACAUUGAUCAGACCUUACCUGACAGCAUCACAGAGUGGGGCAUCAUGGCAGUCAGUGCAUCACCUCAUACAGGUUUCUGUGUUGCGGAGCCUUACAACGUCAAAACCUGGAAGCAUUUCUUUGUGGACCUGAAGCUGCCAUACUCAGUGGCAAGGAACGAACAGGUCGAGAUUAAAGCUGUGGUCCACAACUAUGGAGACAAGAACCUGCGCGUAAGGGUGGUGCUAAUGAAGACAGUAGACAUCUGCAGCGUUGCUUUCAAGAAAAGACACACACAGGAAGUGACACUGGCGGCUGGCUCUUCUGUGGUAGUGCCUUACACCAUUGUGCCAUUGGUGGUGGGUAAACUUCCUCUAGAGGUAAUGGUGGUUGGCAGAGACUCGAUGGGAGGAGACCGUGUCCAGAAAUCUCUACGGGUGGUGCUGGAUGGAGUUCAAAAGACCAAAGUGUGGAGUGCAGUGUUAAACCCGUCUGCUGAGGGAGGAACCCAGACUGUUCGUGUCGGCAAGACUGAACUGGAGUCAGUUGUGCCGAACUCUGUGCCAGAGACUUUCAUCAAUGUCAGAGGCAAUGUGUUGGCAGACAGCAUUGACAACUCCAUCAGUGAGGACUCUCUGGCGUCUCUGAUCCGGAUGCCUGGCGGAUGUGUGGAGCAGAACUUGGCCUCCAUUACGCUGCCGCUCAUUGCUACCCUCUACCUAGAGCGGAGCGGCAACUGGCAGAGUGUAGGGGUGCAGCGCAAGGCCGAGGCUAUCCGAUACAUCCAGAGAGGUUACGAGAACCAGCUGGCAUUCAGGAAGAAGGAUGGUUCUUACCCACCCUACAGAGGCGAAGGUGCAAGUAUAUGGAUCACAGCGUACGUGGUGAAGGUGUUCUCCAUGGCUCACUCCAUCAUCGGCAUCAGCAAGCACCAAGUGUGUGACCCUCUGCGCUACCUGGUGAAGAACAAACACAGACGUUCUCAGGGAGGAUUCAUAGAGAGAAACCCAGUUUACACCACCACCAUGACUGGCGGUCUCCGCGGCAAGGAUCCAGAAAUAACACUGACAGCAUUCGUCCUCAUAGCACUUGCUGAGGCCAAGCAGGCGGGCAUCCAAUGCAGCACUCCAGAUGUGAACAUGGAGUUUGCAAUCCGUAACACGUCAGAUUACCUGCAGAAGGCUCUGUUGGGGACUGGGAGGACACCCUACACGGUGGCUAUCUCCUCCUAUGCUCUGGCUCUGGUGGAUCCUCAACGCUAUAAUUCAGCACAAGCAUUACUGAGAGCAGCAGCUCAAGGUGGCAGUCACUGGCCUAAUAGGGAAAACCCCUUGUACACACUGGAGGCGACUGGCUACGCUCUUCUGGCUCUGGUCAAGUUGGGACGUAUGGAGGACGCUGAAGCACCGUUCAAAUGGCUGAACAGCCAGAGAAGAAUAGGAGGAGGCUUCGGGUCCACUCAGUCCACCAUGGUGGUGCUUCAGGCUCUGUCAGAGUACCUAAUCAACAAACCUCCUCCCGAUGACGUCCAUCUGGACGUGGACGUCAAGAUAACAGGACGCAAGAAGAUCCACUACCAUUUUAAUCCAGAGACUUCAUACGCUGCUCACUCCUCUAGGUUACCUGCAAACAUGGAUGUGGAAGUGGUUGCUCGAGGCAAUGGACAAGGAAUACUGGAGGUUGUGACCUAUUACAACCAACUGCAUGAGGUGGACGAGAAAGUUUCCUGCAAGAAUUUUGACCUCAACGUUACUAUUAAAGAAUCCACCGAAAAGCCUCCGGCAGAUGUAGAAAAGUCCUAUCACAUCACCAUCAAAGUGAGGGCUUUAGGACCCCAAGCUGUCAGGAUGGUGGUUCUCGAUAUCAGUCUGCCAACCGGCUUCACCCCAGAAAACUCCGACCUGGAAAUGUUGUCCAACUCAGUGGAUCGUUACAUCAAUAACUUCCAGAUUGUGGACAACCUGAGUGACAGAGGCUCCUUGAUCAUCCACCUGUUCAAGGUUUCCCACAGUGAGCAGGUGAUCCUGACCUUCAAGCUCCACCAGAGAUUCAAAGUCGGCCUCCUCCAACCGUCCUCCGUGACUGUCUAUGAAUAUUACAACCCAGACCAACGCUGUAGUCGUACCUACACUCCCCGGGAGGAGACCACCGAGAUCUGCAGAGGCAACAUCUGCCACUGCACUCAAGGUGACUGCUCCGUCUUCAAACCUGACAGCAAAAGUUUCCCCAACAAAGAAAGAGAGAGAUUUGCCUGCAAGAGUUUACACCACGUUUUCAAGGUAAAGAUGUUGAGCGUGACCCACAGCUACUACGACAAAUACGAGGUGGAGAUUAAACAAGUUAUCAAACUGGGCGUUGAGGGUGGAGUUAAAGUGGGCCAGAAAAGGAUCUUCAUGUCUCACGGAGGCUGCAGAGAUGGACUCAGCCUGAAGAAGGGCUCUGAGUAUCUCAUCAUCGGUCCUAAAAGGGACCCGUGGACCAUUGAUCCUGUCACCGGCAGAUUCAUCUACAUGUUUGGGAAGGACACCUGGGUGGAGCGCUGGCCUUCGGCUGCAGAGUGCUCCAGCAAUCAAAGCCUUCGGGCGAAAUGCAGAAGCCUAGAUGAUGCUGCACGUAAACUGUCUGUCAGUGGCUGCAGGCAGUAG